AUGGGGUUUGAGGGUUUGAUUAGCAGCAACAGUAGUAACAGUGGGGGUGGGGGUGCAAGAGUUGUGGCUGAUAGUUCUUCAAAGAACCACUUCAUGCAUAGUGUUUCCAUUGUUGAGUCGCCUCUUUUUUCUCCACCCAUUACCAUAUCAAAGCAAAAUUUCUCUACCAUGUUUUUGUCCACUCAAAGGAAAAUGGAGGGUCAUGAUCAGAUGGCUCUUAUUGGAGAAAAUUUUGAGAAUGGUUUGAUGGGGAGGAUGAGGGAUGAUGAGAAUGAAAGCAGGUCUGGAAGUGAUAAUUUUGAAGGUGGAUCUGGUGAUGAUCAAGAUGCUGGUGAUAACACCCCACAGAGGAAGAAAAAAUAUCAUAGACACACUCCUCAACAAAUUCAGGAGCUUGAAUCUUUCUUCAAGGAUUGUCCUCAUCCUGAUGAGAAGCAAAGAUCAGAUCUUGGUAAGAAGCUUGGUUUGGAGAAUAAGCAAAUCAAGUUCUGGUUCCAGAAUCGGCGAACCCAAAUGAAGACACAACUGGAACGCCAUGAGAACAUGAUUCUUAAGCAGGAAAAUGACAAGCUCCGAGCUGAGAACACCAUGAUGAGGGAAGCUAUUGAAAAUCCAAUAUGUAACAAUUGUGGUGGACAUGCCAUUCCUGGCCGAAUUUCAAUGUCUGGGAUUCGACCACCAAUGGGAUUGAUAGGAAACCGAGUCCAGAUUGAUCCAUCUAUGCUUGUUAAUCUUGCAGCAUCUGCUAUGGAUGAAUUAAUUGGGAUGACUCAGAUAGAUAACUCUCUUUGGAUUAAGAGUUCAGAUGGAGGGAAGGAAGUACUGAACCAUGAGGAGUAUGCGAGGAUGUCUUCUAUCUAUAAUGGUACUAAACCCAUUGGUUAUGCAACUGAAGCUACAAGAGAAACUGGGCUAGUACUAAUUAACAGUUUGGCCCUUGUGGACUCAUUGAUGGAUGCGAUUACAUGGAUUGAUCAUUCCCAGUAUGAUGAGAGUGUUAUCCCCCAACUCUAUCGCCGAUUGGUUAGUUCAGGCAUUGGAUUUGGUGCUCAGAGAUGGAUUGCCACUCUCCAAAGGCAGUGUCAAUGCUUGGCAAUCCUCUCUUCCCCUUCCAUCCGAGCUGAGAACCCUAAAGCCCUAGUAGGCCAACCCGGCAUGAAAAGCUUACUGAAGCUCACGCAACGCAUGACAGAAUGCUUCUAUUCUGGGAUUUGUGCUUCGUCUACACGCAAGUGGGAAAUCAUUCCUCUUGCAACACUUGGUGAUGACAUAAAAGUGAUGACCCGGAAAAAUGUUUGGAUGCCGGUGUCGAGGCAAAGGCUGUUUGACUUCCUGCGUGAGGCACGGACGAGAAGGCAUUGGGACGACUUGGCCAGUGAUGUUACAGUGAACGAGAUUCACAGUAUUGUUAAAGGGGAAGGACAAGGAAAUUGCAUUUCUAUACUUCGCGCUAAUAGUGGGGUUAGACACUGGUAUUCCACUAGAGUCAGGAAAGACCUCCAACCUCUUUGA